AUGCGGCGAGCCGCUGUUUUUGCUUUGCGCACGGCUCGACGCUCUGCCUUUGGAAAGCUCAUAUCCAAGAACUCCCUCUCUUUUCCGAGUCAUGUCGUAGCCGUUCCCCAUUCCACAUCUCUCGUACGAAGAUACAGUAUAUCACGACAGCCAUUGCAGGCUUCUAUGCGGUUACCGAAGAUACCUAUUGUUUUGGGAACGCUGGGGGCUAUUGGAGCAUGGUACGCCUAUUCGGGUGAUGGGUCAGACCGUCUGCUACGGAAUCCGGCCUCGCCAAUAUCCUCCCAACCGACAAGGAGUUUGAACACCACACCAGAUAUUACCCCACCCACGCCAGAGCCGACGAGUCCUGCGCCUGUGACGGCCGGGCCGGAGCCAAAUCGAAAAGCCCUGGUCGUCGACAACGAUCAGUUUUUCACCGGAUCUAUUGUUGGCGAAGGUCCAUUGGCGAAGGAUACCGAUGAUCGCGGCCGAAAGGUUCUCGAGAUGAUGACACCAGAGCAGGCCACGGAAAGACUCCGGAAAAAUGAGCACUCAUAUUUAGUAGGUCGCGGUCGUGGCGUGGUCAGAUAUGAUGUUGUACAACUACCGAGCAACGACCCUAUUGAAGACGAUCAUGCGGAGAAGAUUGUGGAGGUUCCGAGCAGUGUCGCCGCAACAGAUGGAUCAGCUUCCUCGGAUUGGAUGUUUUGGGGUGUCUUUGACGGUCAUUCCGGAUGGACAACAUCUGCCAAACUGCGCCAAGUACUCAUCUCCUUUGCUGCUCGUGAACUCAACAACACAUAUAAGGCUGCUCUGUCGAAUGCAAAGUCGCCGUUUCCUUCGCCUGCAGCGAUUGACCAAGCGCUGAAGUCCGCUUUUGUUAAAUUAGACAACGAAAUAUGCCUAGACAGUGUCAGCAAGUUGAGUAAGAAUCCAAGCAAGAGGCUUGCUGCAGAGAUACUCGCUCCUGCGCUCUCCGGGUCAUGCGCUCUACUAUCAUUCUACGACUCGCAAAGCAAAACCUUACGCGUGGCAUGUACAGGAGAUAGUAGAGCAGUGCUUGGGCGGCGGAACAUGCAGACAGGGAAAUGGUUCGCUACUCCUCUAUCAGAAGAUCAGACCGGCUCGAAUCCCAACGAAGAAGCGAGGAUGCGAGCAGAACAUCCGGGCGAAGAGUUUGUCAUCCGAGCCGGCCGUGUCUUGGGCAAUCUGGAACCAACCCGGGCGUUUGGCGAUGCUUUCUACAAGUGGUCUCGCGAUACGCAGGACCGAAUAAAGAAACAUUUCUUCGGACGAACACCACACCAGCUGCUCAAGACACCACCCUAUGUGACCGCCGAACCCGUCGUAACAAGCACAUCUAUUGAACCCUCCAAGGGCGAUUUCCUGGUUAUGGCUACUGAUGGGCUAUGGGAGAUGCUCACCAAUGAGGAAGUUGUCGGACUCGUCGGUCAAUGGAUCGAUCAGCAGAAUAAACAAGCCACCACAUCAUCAAAUUCCAGCACAGCCUGGCUAUCAUCUUGGUUCAAGUCAUCCUCUCCACCGGCACUACCGGUCGAGAAGGGAGGCAACAUGGAUAAAACAGGACGUAUUGACACCGGAAAAGAUGGCAAUCACGAGAAACCGAUCCGACAGCAGCAAUGGGAUGUGAGGUCUGAGAACAAUGGGCGUUUCGUGGUCGAGGACAAGAACGCUGCGACGCACUUGAUCCGCAAUGCAUUGGGCGGAAAGGAUAGGGAUAUGGUCUGUGCAUUGCUCACUCUGCCGAGUCCCUAUAGCAGACGAUAUAGAGACGAUCUGACCGUCGAAGUCAUCUUCUUUGGCGAAGGCGAGGAUACCGGGGCGGUGGUGAUCAAUGCCGAAGCAACGGCACAAAGUGGCAAUGGGAAAGAGAAGGGUUUGAAAGCCAAGUUGUGA